CUGCCGCCCAGUUCCUGGUUCUAAAAGCGGCGCCGGAGGCUGGUGGCGCCACAGGCGCGGGGCCCGCGGGCGGCGAAGGAUGGGCCCGCGCCGCGCGGCGAGCCUACCCCGAGGCCCCGGCCCGCGGCCGCUAGUCCGCGCCCUCCUGCUGCUGCUGCUGCUGCUGCCGCUGCCGCCGGGCUCGGGCGCCGGGGCCGGCCGGCCGCCCCACCUGGUCUUCGUGCUGGCGGACGACCUGGGCUGGCACGACGUGGGCUUCCACGGCUCCCGCGUGCGCACGCCGCACCUGGACGCGCUGGCGGCCGGCGGGGUGCGCCUGGACAACUACUACACGCAGCCGCUCUGCACGCCGUCGCGGAGCCAGCUGCUCACCGGCCGCUACCAGAUCCACACGGGUUUACAGCACCAAAUAAUCUGGGCCUGUCAGCCCAGCUGCGUUCCUCUAGAUGAAAAACUCCUGCCCCAGCUCCUAAAAGAAGCAGGCUACACUACCCAUAUGGUCGGAAAGUGGCACCUGGGAAUGUACCGGAAAGAAUGCCUUCCAACCCGCCGAGGAUUUGAUACCUACUUUGGAUAUCUCCUAGGUAGUGAAGAUUACUAUUCCCACGAACGCUGUACAUUUAUCAACGCUCUCAAUGUCACACGAUGUGCUCUUGAUUUUCGAGAUGGUGAGGAAGUUGCAACAGGAUAUGAAAAUAUGUAUUCAACAAACAUAUUUACCGAAAGGGCUACAGCCCUCAUAACCAACCAUCCACCAGAGAAGCCUCUGUUUCUCUACCUUGCUCUCCAGUCUGUCCACGAGCCCCUUCAGGUCCCCGAGGAGUACCUGAAGCCGUACGACUUUAUCCAAGAUAAGAACAGGCGCCACUAUGCAGGAAUGGUGUCCCUCAUGGAUGAAGCCGUGGGCAAUGUCACCGCAGCCUUAAGAAGCCGGGGGCUCUGGAACAACACGGUGUUCAUCUUCUCCACAGUGAAGGAAGCCCGUCCCCCAGAAUUGAGUUGCUACAUAACAUCGACCCAGACUUUGUGGACAUUUCUCCGUGUCCUGGGAAUAGCACGGCUCCAGCAAAGGGUGACUCUUCUCUUCCAGAAUAUUCAGCCUUCAACACAUCUGUCCAUGCUGCAAUUAGACACAGAAACUGGAAACUCCUCACAGGCUACCCAGGCUGUGGUCACUGGUUCCCUCCACCAUCACAAUACAAUGUUUCUGAGAUACCCUCAUCGGACCCACCAACCAAGACCCUCUGGCUCUUUGAUAUUGAUCGGGACCCAGAAGAAAGACAUGACCUGUCCAGGGAGUAUCCCCAUGUGGUCAAGCAGCUCCUUUCCCGGCUACAGUUCUACCAAAAGCACUCGGUGCCGGUGUUCUACCCGGAUCAGGACCCCCGCUGUGAUCCCAAGGGCACUGGGGCUUGGGGCCCUUGGAUGUAGGAUCUGGGGCAGCCUUGGGUGGGUCGCUAGAAAGCCUUUCUGUUGCAAGUUGGACUUCAGACUCUACUCGUGUGACUCAUUCGUUCUCCCAAUGACUUCACCUGGCCCUACUUUUGCCCCUAAACCACCUUAACGUGGUUGUCUCAUUUCAACCCCUUGUGCAUUUAAGAAGAUGAUAAAACCUGGAACCCUCCCGCUGUUGGUUUGGGGGUGUGUCUAGAGGAGAGGGUGAUUGGGUUCGUCCCUUUUUUCCGGAGCCGUGGGUCUGCUGGGAACUUGAUUUGAAAUAGGAAGUUAGUGAGUCCUGGAGGCCGGAGCAGCUGGCUCCUUUUGCCUCACAAGUCAGAUGUUGGGUUUCCCUCUGCCAAUAGCCAGCUUUUAUUGGAGUGACUCACAUUUCUUGUAACAAAUGAAGGGAGCAGACAAUUGUUAAUGGCUCUGUUGGCCAGGGGGUCUCCCUGUCUGUGAGAGAUCAUGUUCAGACGUUCCAUGUGAAUACGCGCCUUGGUCACCCUCACUCACACACUUCAUCACUCAUCCCGUCGUGGAGCAUAAGGCCCAUUUCACUGGUAAGGUCAGUAUGGCAACAUGCCUACUCCUUGGUUCUGCUUUUUACAAUACAGAACUGUGUUUUUAUCCCCAACUUCCCCCCAGCCAUUGCUCAUUUUGUCUAGACUUCCUGCUACCCGCAGAUCCCCCUGGCUUUUUCCUCCCCUUCCCUAUGACUCAGGCGUCCUGGCCUGAGAAGGCUGCCUUGCUUCUCCACUCUGAACACCACUGGUUUUGGGAACACUGAGCUCUGCCUUCCUUUUGCCUCUAACACCCAAGUGAGAGCCCUGCCAGAGAAGGCGGCCCGCCUGGCUCUGUGAGUUCAUGGUAGAUACAAAGAGGCCUGGGUGGGCAAGGCUUGGGUCUGGGUCAUCUGUCUGGUGAGCACUUUUCUAGUUACAUGGAGUUUAUUAUCAUGACUGUGGCUUUGUCUCAUAAUGUAGGAUGAGUUGCACUGACUGCUAUUCCCCAGCAGUGAGGAAAAGCCCCAGGAAAGGGCACUGUUGUUCGAGAUGAUGAGGUUCUGGGGUGAGGGACAGGAUGCACAGUGUGACCUGCCAGCCCUUUCUCAGUCCCACUAAGAAGUCCCACAUGCAUCAGUGCAGAUUAGCUCCAAAGAGUAUCAGACUCAGAGAAAUGUGUGCAAAAAUUAUACUCUUUUUUGCAUUAGUUCCACUGUUUCAUUUGCUGCGUUUCACCAGUGUCUGGUACGUAGAAGGCACUCAAUACACUUUUUAAAAAAUGAAUGAGUAAAUGGACGAAUGAGCAAAUGAGAAAGUCUCACACCAUGAAAGGUGGUAGUCCAAUGAGUUGAAUACAGGGAUAAUAUAAAUAUCUUCCAACCAUUGAUGUUCUGUUCUCAAGCUGCCUCCUUGGGUAGGAGCACAGUCUGCACAUCUGGGCAGUCAUUGGACACGCCAUGGUGAAGUUGUAAUGUCCGCUGGGGGAGGGGUGGAACAUGCUUUCCAAAGGUACUCUUCUUUUGCCAGUAAUCCUCACUUCUAUCUAUUCUUCAUAGGACACUAGAAACAAACCCACCAACUAAUACGCUAGGUCCUGGGAUAGCCACCCUUCCAUUCAGUAGCUGUGUUUUCUGGUCGCUCCCAACUUGGAUUGUAUUAAAAUAGCAUGAUUGGAAGGAAAUGGUGCAAGAACUAAUGACACCUAUUACCAGCCUAUUCCACACUCCUGGGUUGGCACACAGCCGGCCAAAAUACUAUUACCUCUCCCGAGCCUGUGGCAGAUUUAUGAACUAACGGAGCCCAAAUAUUCCUUCUGGAUCCUUCUAAUCCAGCGCUAUAGGUACCAUUAAUGCUUUAAGGUCGGAGGCAUCGCUAGAUGACCUCCUCUGCUCUCCCUGCAGCUGUCCCCGAUUCUGCCUUCUUGGUUGCUGCGUACAGUGUGCACGUUCAGCACUCAGGAUUUAAAGGGAAUUUUAAAGAUUAAUUUUCUGUAACACUUUUAUCUGAGAUUUUAUUUUAUCCAUAAUAGAAUGCGCUCAUUAGAUUUUUUUUUUCUGUACCAGACUGUGAACAGAUUCAUAUGUUUUCAUUAGAAGUAUUAAUGUCAUUUCUUUCUUAAUUUGUUUAUGUUUAAAGAAAGGUUUUGUUAAUUAAACUGUUUUUCUUUGUUACUUCACAAUUGUCCCACAUAUGGGUGAACAAAAAAAUAAAUAAAUAAAUGAUCUUUUAGAAUGUGUCAGCUGUGAGUGUGGAAUUUCGAUUUGUACGAUGAAAAAUUUCUGGAACUAGAUAGAGGUGAUGGUUGCACAACAUCAUGAAUGUACU